GCACGGCUGGUGUUCAUCUACCUUGCUCUCCACCUUCACCUCGAGAGCCCCCCUUACUGCUCUGAUCGCCGGCCUAGUGCUCAUACGAGCCCAUCAGAGGCAAUUCUUACGAGGCCUCCGAGGCGAUCGACCCGAGCGGCUUCAGCAAAACCUGCAGAGGAGCCCACUGCGAAGCCGGCGGCAAAGCCUGCUGCGAAACCCGCUUCGAAGCCGACGAAGCCUACGACCAAAACCGCCGCGAAACCUGCAAAGGCUGCUGAGAAAGCCGCGCCGAAGAGCACCACCCGUGGGCGGUCCGCAACCACCAAACGAGCCGUAUCCCCCGAGAAUUCUCCCCCUCCUCCGGCAAAGCGAAGUCGUGCUGCCCCCAGAAUCGUUGAGAACGGAGUCAACGGCGUGGACCACGCCGCUGAGGACGAACCAGCUCCCCAAUGAAGAAGGCACCUGCCACGAGGAAACCCUCUCAGAGGAGGACAACACCCGCACACACCCAAGAAACCCCGUAUUGCAAUGCUCUGCCAACUCCUUUGGAACAUCUACGUCCAGCGCCGUUGCUGUUCGUAUGGGGUACGGGCAACUUCGGCCAGUUCGGAAUGGGCGCCGACUUUCUGGGCGAGUACGACAAGCCCACGCGGAAUAAGUGGGUGGAAAGGAACAUCGAAGAGGGCAUAUUUGGUGGCCUGCACUCGUUGUUUUGGACGAGAAGGGCACGCCGUGCCGUAUCCAUUGCAAUCCCUGUCGACGAAAACUUCCGUGCUGUCCGCAUAACGGCCGGUGACACCAUCUCAGCAGCUAUUAGCUCUGAGGGCGAUUUGCGUGUUUGGGGAUCAUUCAGAGGCAACGAAGGUCAUCAAUUUUUGCCAGCGUCUAUUCUGAGUCUGAAGUCGCGCCCCGGCAACAUCGAGAAGUUCUCCUCUGUCGUUGCGGGGAACAAUCACUUGAUUGUACUCACGACUCACGGCAACGUCUAUACCCUGGGCGCCGGCGAGCAGGGCCAGCUUGGGCGAAGAGUCCUCGAGCGCCGCAAGAUACAUGGAACCGUGCCGGAGAAGAUCGUACUCGGUUCACGUAAUAACAAGGCCGUCGUCGUCGGCGCCGGAAGCUAUUCUUCAUACGCCGUGGACGAACAUGGAACUGUUUGGGCCUGGGGGCUCAACAGCAUGGGCCAGACCGGGACAGGCUUCACGAGUGUUUCUGCCGACGGUGAAGUUCAGUCGCCGAAAGAAGUAAUCGGACUGGACAAAAGAGAGCUCGGCGGCGAAGCAACUGUUGUGCAGAUCGUUGGCGGAGAGCACCACACGCUGUUUCUCACGUCUGACGGCCGAGUGUACUCCUGCGGACGCUCGGAAGGCGGCCAGCUUGGGCUCGCCGAUGAGGACGAGGCGUUCAAGGAUCGUCCCUUCCCAGACAUGCUCGCGGAACCCGCAAAGAUCACUUUCUCGGAUGCGAACGACCCAAUCGUCCACAUCUCUGUCGGGGUGCACAACAACCUGGCGGUCUCUCGGGGCGGUGCCCUGUAUGCGUGGGGCAACGGCCCAUCAGGCGAGCUCGGUGUCAGCGGGGAGGAGCAGGCGCGCACACCCACCGUGGUCGUGCGCAAGGAGGGCGGCGCGUGGGCUGCUGUGACGGCGUCGUGCGGAGGCCAGCACUCCCUGGCGUUGUUCAGAAAGAAGACCUAGAAAGCAUACCCUCACCCGGGCGAAUGGAACCUCGAGACAAUCUAUCACAGACUCACGCUGUCGUGCAUUGUUGUCGAUCUGUACUUCUUUAGCUAUGGCUACCCUUGACCAGUCUCGUCGUCUUUAUCGUAAUGUAAUCGAGCGGUAGGCUACAUCCAUCGCUUCUGCUUUGUCUCCUCAAUACACAGUAGUACAGGCGGCCGCCUCGGCUGACUGGAUGUUUCUGUCCAGUGUCAUCUGGCUCGACGUUGUGAUCGUGCAUGAUGCACCGCCCUGCAUGCCCACGUA